AUGCGAUUCGCCAUGAUGAGGAAUAGGUAUCGAUUUUACGCAAAAUGGAAAAACUGCAGCGAUUGCAAUCCUGGGCCAGGGGUUAAUGGCGUGAAUGUUUUCACGGUGACCUUCGAUCGAGUGGCAAAGAGUGACGUCAUCAGUGCAAAAUCAGAAGACGAGACACUUCGCUUAUUGUAUAUGGAUAGUGGUGAACUGCGGCAAAUUGUCCAAGAAGCGCCGAUCGAUAUGGAGCCGGUGUACAGAUUAGCGAAUCUGACCAUUAACUACGAUUCUCUGGGCAGAAGGAACGAGCUGAUUUGGGGGAAACCGGAGCACGCAGGUGACGCAUACGAUCGACAGAAUCGUGUUGUGGAACGAACGAUUAGUGAUUUUGUAUCCACAAAAUAUGCCUACUACAAGGAACUUCGGCAUCCUUCAACGGUCGAACUGCCCGGUGGCUCAAAAUAUUCCCUCAAGUAUGACACCCGUGGCCGUCUCAGGGAAAUCGUGACACCAUCUAGCGAAUCUCAUCAUUUCGCAGCGACGCCUUUUGGUAGUGGACGAGUUCUGAAGCGACGGAUUCCAUUUACGAAAAAGCCAUUUGUGGCGGCUGAGGACAGUGAAGGGGCGAUUGUUGGAAUGGACGACGGCAGACGAACUUCCAUCAUGUUCUUCUUCAACGAAAUGUGCGACACAGGCGUCACUGUUUUCACCUAUGAUGCAGACAAGUUGGCAACUGUGGAGUCAUCCCACCUGCAAGUGAAUCUGACAUACCAGGGACCGUUGCUGGUGUCAAUGAGCGAACGAAGGCAGACGAAAAAUGGAUGGCGAGAUUCGUCGUUCGCUGUAGAGCAUGACGAGCUUUUGCGACCGACUUCCAUUCAAGCGGUGAUUUCUGGUACUGCGGUUGAACCUAUACAGCUGAUUUGGGGAAACCGGAGCACGCAGGUGACGUACGAUCGACAGAAUCGUGUUGUGGAACGAACGAUUAGUGAUUUUGUAUCCACAAAAUAUGCCUACUACAAGGAACUUCGGCAUCCUUCAACGGUCGAACUGCCCGGAUUCCAUUUUACGAAAAAGCCAUUUGUGGCGGCUGAGGACAGUGAAGGGCGAUUGUUGGAAUGGACGACGGCAGACGAACUCCAUCAUGUUCUUCUACAACGUGACAAGUAUAAUCGAGUAGUGAAGGAAAUGUGCGACACAGGCGUCACUGUUUUCACCUAUGAUGCAGACAAAUGGCGAGAUUCGUCGUUCGCUGUAGAGCAUGACGAGCUUUUACGACCGACUUCCAUUCAAGCGGUAAUUUCUGGUACUGCGGUUGAACCUAUACAGCUGGCUUACGAUGAACGAACAGCCUUCAUGUCUGCAUAUGCUGGUUACCAGAUCUUGAGGGAAUCAACGAUGAUGAUGCAUGAAACAUCGCUGGACAUCUACAGGCAACCAGUAUCUGUGAAGAUCGUCAUCGGUGAUGUGCGAUUGUCGUUGAUGACCGUGCGUGACUCAGCAGGACGGGCAAUAGUGAGCGCCUGGAGAACGAUCACGGGUGACUUCAAGGAAACUCGCAGUUUCGACGUUCAGGGACGAUUAGCUAGUCAUGAAAUGAACGGAAAAGAGAGGUGGCUCUUCAAGUACAACAAUGACAGCCGCGUGAUGCUGAUGAAUGACGUCGUAUGUGAAUGGCAUGCUGGAGGUGUGCCGAAGAAGGCCGGUGAUGUAACGUUUGAAAUGGACGGUUAUGGAAGAUUGAUUGGAGCUCGUGGUCCAUCCAUUGAUAUGAAAUUCGAUUAUGAUUACCAGAAUCGGCUUAUAUCAAUCUCCAAUGGAGCGACGCUGUACUCUCUAUUCUAUGCGUUACCGCAUUUACCUCGGCGUGUGUCGCACUUCCAGUCAUCGUCGGAUUCGUCAGCAACUUCGAUUCUCUACACAGAGGAAGGAGUACCGUUUGCGAUGAGCCGUGAUGGAUUCCGAUAUGCGGUUGCUGUCGAUGACGAUGGCAGUCUGAGGUAUUUGCUGAGCGAGUCUGGUAUUGAGAAGGAGAUCCAUCGUGAUCCACUUGGUCGAGUCAUAGCUGAUACUCAGUCGAAAUUCUGGACUCCGUUA